AUGGCGCGAGUGACCCGCCAUAGCUUUGUUGCUGAGCGACGUCUGCUUGUUUCCGGAAGUAAUGAUUUGGAGACAGCAUGCAGCGCAGUGGUACGAAACGGUACAUGUAAAUAUAGCGCUGCCGCGCCGCGGAUAUCGGCGGUGUUAUUGUGCCGUGGCCGCUAGCCUGGCCGGGCUGUGUAAUCACGAUGAGGCAACCAAAAUGUGGUCAAAGGAACUAAAAUUUACGAAAACAUCGAUGUUUAAAAGUACAUACCGGUAAUUUACGAGGACAAGAAACAACAGAUUGCAAUGAUUGUAAUACAAAUGACUGAACAAGCGCAAUAAUGUCUACAACUCUCGUCCAAGGGAACAGUCUCACCCUUCUCCAAGGGUCCAGGAGCUCUGGUGUCAAUGUCAUCACCCCGGUCAUGGCCGUGUCUGUUUGCCGUCCACCGGUCAGCAAUGGCUUGCCAUCUCGACAGGGAAGUGCGGUUGGUUCCUCUCGGCUCUCGGCAAAAAGCCUUCCAAGUAACACCCAUUUAAAGUUACACAGCCAGGGGAGUGUACCUGCAAUGAGCAGUAUGUCGUCAUCGCUCCUCGAGCCUUAUCCUCCAGUGGAAGACACCACCUGGGCAAAAAAUAGUGGGGAGAAUGUGACCCUACCUAGGAUAACCAGUCCAGUGCAUCUUUGCAGUACUGCCAACUCCCAGUCAAGUGUUGUAACCACCAUCGAUGCCACAACCAGGAAGGAUAGAGUUGGUGAGGUGGAUGCUUAUCUCGAGAAACCACACCCACCUAGCAUCUUCCCGAACUUUCGAGCCCUGCAGCGUCUCGCUGCCAGCGCAAAGCUGAGGAUUAAUAACCUUAAAUCGACAGAGGCUAAAGCUAUCACUGCUUUACUGAAUCAAGAAAACAAUAAUGUGCCCCAAUCUUGCCAGGAUGAUGUCAUCCAAGUGAACAAUGUUUUGAAUUCUUCUUGGGAGUCAGAAGAUGAUGGUGAUGCCAGUGCUUCUCACAAUAACAUCACAGAUUCUGUUGUUCAUCCUGAAAAAGGUACUUCCAAAUCUAGGACCAAGAAACUCUACCGAAGCAGAUCAAGGAGGCGAGGGGGCAAAUCUCCUUCAAAGAAGAAACCCUCGCCCGCUCCAAAGAAAGACCACAACUCCUUGGGAGACUUCGCUCUAGCUUCAACCAUGACACUGAACAGUCGCUGGGAAAGAAAAAAGGUAGAAACAUUCAGUACCAAGUACAGUAAGAGUUUCACGUCCCGGAAAAGUAAAGAGAAAGACUCGUCCAAGAGGAGUUCUGCUGAAGUGUCCUUGACGACGGUUGCUUUGGAGAAGAGAGGCGAUGCAACGACACCCCGUGCAAUCACCAAACAGAGCAAAUCUGAGGCUUCCAAUGCGCUGACAUCACGAUCAGUGUUAGAACAUGCUGCAUCGGUUUAUGGAAGUGGAAACCAGAUUCAUGUGAGGCUGAGUAACAAGGGCAGGUCCAGUGAGUCGGAUCAUUCGAUGAAGAAGGUGUUUUUGUCAGAGAAGCAGUCUAGUAUGCUGAAGGAUGGUGGGAAAGGCGUCCCCUGUGCCCCUCCCACUUCUCCCACCCCUCAUCAGCUUGAGAAGUUCGAAUACAUACCAUCAUUAACCGAUCUAAGAAGCCAAAGGGUAUUGAAAGACAGGCUAACAGUGAUCGAUGCAGAUGAGAAGAAAAAAAGCCAGAAGAUCCGCGAGGACAGAGCGCGUCAGGAAAAGCAGUCAGCCCGCAACAACAUCGGCAUGAUGAGACAUAGACAGAGGCAGGAGAUCUACGCUCUCAACAAGGUCAUGACGGAACUCGAGAAUAGCCAGUUCCUCAAGUUCUGUGAAACCAUGAAGGACAAGACCUGAAAGCUUUGAACCACCAGGACCCAUCUUGCAUAUGAGAACUUAUGAUUAAUAGUAACUUUGCUAAUCAGUCAUAAAUGCCAUGGAAACCUUGGGUUUGAUUGGCUGAUGAGCCCUGGGGACUUUUUACAAGAAGCGGUUUGUAAAGUUACACACGAUUUUACGAAUGACUGGAAUAUGAAGUGCUAAAUAUGAGCUAUAUAAGUUUUUCUUUUAGUUUUUCCAAAUAUUACAUUUUCCCCAUAUCAUCUCAUCCAUAUGAUUUUAUCAUACUUUGCACUACAUUUACAUUAAUAGUAUAAAUGUUUAAUAUUCUUUGAAUGAUAACAUUAAUAAUGACUAAGAAACCAAUUGAGUUUGCUAUAUUCUCGUCACUCAUUUAACCCUUUGCAUGCGAAUUUUGCAAAAUUGCACAUUUAUAUAAUUAAUUUCAAAAAUGGUAUUAAUUAGUUUUUCCUUCAUCUUGGCACUAUGGAAGCUAGUAAUAGCUAUUAUUCUCUAGUAACAACUAAAAAAAAUAACUAUCAGUAUCACUGAUGCAGUAAGGGAAGCAAAGUUCAACGUAAGAAAAUAUGAAAUGAACAUAAGUUAUUAUAAUCCCUUCAAAAUAAAUUCAGUAAAGAAUUAAACUCUUGUGUAACCUUACCAAAAGUUUUAUGAAACAGGCUCCUGUUACCAUGGUACACGUUUUUACCAUUGCAGCAAAGAAACCAUUAAUCAUAAAUGUUCAUGCAAGGGGACCUAAGACAUAUAUCCGACGAUGAAGUGUGGUUUGGUAGAUCGAGGAUGAUAUACAAGCAGACAUGUUAUAGAUUAGUUGUUUAGAUUAUUGAGUGGAAUCUUGUUGGAUAUGUUUCUGAAGGCAAGUAAAACAAAAUCAUGGUUGGAAUUAUAAUAAUAGACAAUAAAAUAGCCCAGAACAAAUAUUGACAUAUUCCAGAAGCAGUUUUGAACUUUUGAUUUCCCUCAUAUUUUUUAUGGUUUGGGAGUGAGAUUAUUUUUGCAGCAUACUACUGUAUAUGUUCAAGUGCAGCUAAACUACAUUGGUAUCUCCAACAGAAGGCAAUGUUUCUUCAGAUACAUACUGUGAUUGCGAAUAUUUAGUCAAAUUUCUGCCUAUUUCACUUACUGCUUCAAAGUGACUUUUUCAUGCAAAUGUUUUUAAAACUGGAUUUUUAAGUAGGAGUAGCUCUUUGAAUGCAGUUAGCACUAAACUUGGCAGCACAGCUGAAGUGUUUCAUGAAGCUUUUCAUAAAAUCAUGCAAAAAUUGCUGGAGUAUGAAUGCCAAAAAUAACAGUUCAAAAUGAUUGCAGGCUCUUGGAAUGAGUGUAUUGUAUUAAAGUCAUAAAAAAUGAAGACUGUAAUUGUUUAAUUUACUUGUGGAAAGUAAUAAUGUUGAAAAAAUUUGAAAUUAUAAUUUACUUCAGAUUUUGGCCACAGAAAAUAUACUUUGGCCUGAGAAUCAUCAUAUAGAAAAAGGAUUUUCACCAAUUUAAUUUUUGAAAGUUGGCUAAUGGGAAUGUGAUUAAAACUGAUGUUAGACAAUUUCCAGGAUGAACAUGUAUCAAUGACAAUGGUUUCACAGCUCUGACAGUAUUGACUAGUGAGUAUAUUUCUAUUGCAUAUACACUGAAAAUACUGAAUUAGAUAUAUUACAAAAAAUAUAAAUGAAUACUAUAAUGAAUAUCAUGAAUAGUAAAUUGGGUAUUUUAUAUAUUUGAUUCGUUCAAAUACAAAUUUGUUAUAGAUUACCAUUCGAUAUAAAUCUACUAAUUUUUAUCAAGCUUAAUGGGUAUAUAUUGAAUAUGAAUAAUUAUAUUGAAAUGAGUAGUAGUGUUAAUGGUGCAGUGAAGCACCAUCAUGAAGUGACAUUGAUAUAAUGUUUUAAGCUAUAUAGAUCAUGUUGAUAAUUUUGAUGUAAUUAUACAAAAUUGAUACAAUACUUCUACAUUUCUAAUGAUAGACAUAUUUACAUGUAUAUGAUGUCAUGCAAAAGAGUCGAUUAAAUAGGGGGAAUUUCACCCUAGCAAACAGUUUAUUGUAAAAAUAGCCGAAAAAAAUAUUAAAGAAUAUUGGCAAAGGUUUGAGAAAAAUCAAUAAAAGAAUAAGGGUUAUUAGAAUUUGAAUUAUUGGAUUUGUAACGUCAUAUGUGAGCAGCUUUCCUACAUAUCUAAUGGUAAAAAAAAAAUCAAUGAAAUUUUAUUUUCUCAGAAAAUUGAAAAUGUUUUUUCCUGCACCUUCAGUAUAUCACUACCCAAAUCAUUUCACACCUGCUCCCAAAAAGAAAAAUAAAAAAUAAAUCAUCACGAACCAUUAAAAAAAAAGAAAGAAAUUUAUGCAUUUUAUAUUCCAUAACAUGUGGGGCAGCUGCUCGUUUAUGACAUCACAAAUCCAAAACUUCAAAUUCUUUCUUAAUCUUUAGUGGAUUUUUCUCAGACCUUCACCAAUAUUUGUUAUUUUUUCUGACAUUUUUACAAGAAACUAUUCGUCAGGGUGAACUUCCCCCUUAAAAAAAAAAAAUUGUGAAUCAAUAAAAAGUGAUCAAUAGAAAAGAUGGAGGCCCGGGCCCUGUUUUACAAAGAACUGUGAUUGACGUGGUCAUGACAAGAGAAAGUAAGCAGCAACACCAUAGAGAAUCUAAAAGAAUCGAAAAUGAUCUCAAACUCAGUGUUAUCUUAUAAUGGCAAUUCCCCAUGGAAGCAUCAUUAUUUUCACUUAUCAGCAUGCUCCUUUAUUAUUUUAUAAACAAAAGUGCAUACAUGUAGAUUCUUAAUAAAGAGUUUUGAUAUUCAUGGCUGUCCAUAGUUGAGACUGAAUAGAUCAAUCACAGCUUUUUGUAAGACUUGGCCAAUAUGAGAGAGAAAAAUUUAUGCAAAAUGCAAUAAGAAGUGUGAUAUGCUUUGUUUUAUUUACCUGUGCCAAUCAUUUGUGAUGUCUAAUGCAAAAGUAUAAAAUAUAUGGAGUGGAUUGAAGUACCUAUAUUUUUAAUUUAUAAAAAAAGGCUUUUAAUAAUCAUGUGAUACUUUAUCUCUAAGAAUGGUAGAAAGUGGAAUUAACCAGUUUUUAGAAUUGUGUUCAAUUAUUAUGAAGUGUGAUAUUGUAUGCUAGAACUAUUAUGGGAAUUUUUUCCCCCAGGAGUUGCUUCUGUUACAAUCUAACAUGGCGAUGAUUCGUUAGAUUUCUGUGAUUUUUUCUUUCACAUGCGAACUAAAGUUUGAGAUAAAGUGGCCUUUCCUCCGUCCAUUUUCCUUAAUCAAGGCCACUUGAGAUUUCAAAAUAUACUUUUUUAAAAAGUAAAAAUACUUUGAUUUAAGUUUAACUUUAAUAGCAACCGUCACUGAUUUUAUUAUUGUAUAAAUUAUCAAUUUUUUGAUGAUUUAAAACAGCCACUUACAGUCCUUUAAAAAAAAUAGGAUUCACAGAAAAGUCUGGUUGGACUAUUGCUGGACUUUUUGAUUACAAAUUUUCUUAAUGAAAAUAAAUUACAAAUUUAUUUCUCUUUUGUUUUUGUUAUGAUCUUUAUAAAUCUUAAAUUGUUUUAAUGUGUUUACUUUUAUUUAAUUGAUUCAUCAUACAUUAUAGAUGAAAAGAAAGUCUGGCUCCUUGUAUAAUGGCUAUGCACAAUAGUUCCAAUGUUAUUUUCAACUUUUUUAUGUUUUUAAUUUAUUCCAACCAAAUCAACCAAAGCAGAUAAGAGAAUGCUGAUUAAUGUCCGUCCAUUUAUCUUUCAUCGGGUCUUUCACUUUUUCUGGGAGUAAGAAAUUUCAAAGUCAAAGUUAAAAGUAUGUUUAACCUAACUUUUGGGACCAAUUACUCCGUCUUUGAAAUCAUGUCAUCCAAAUAAAAUGUCUUUCAAAGUUUAUAAGUCAUGUAAGUUCAAAUAUAUAUUAUGAAUAGAAAUAAAUAUAAGUGUAUAUUUAAAUCCA